AUGAAUGCACGACCUAGUAUUCAAUUCGGUACAGAAUUGGCCUUGGUCAUGGACUGGAUUCGAUACGAUGCUUUGAAUGAUGAAUACUUACUUCAACACAAUAAUUUAGAAAUGACUUCUCUGGAAAAACCGGCAGAGAGACCUCAGGAUUACCAAGGAAAGUAUUGGAAAGUGGACGUUGAGUUUCUUUAUCUCAGCGUAUUUGCCGACUGGAAAUUUACCAAUCUGAAUUUCUUGUUCGAGAACAUGAUGGGAUGGAAUAUUCCUCAAAAACACGGUAUCGAAAGAACGUUUCGUGUCGAAUCGAAUGUGGCUGCUAGCACAAUUGUGGGAAAUCAAAUCACACAUGUCUUGCGAGAAAUACAAUAUGUACCCUCGACGAAAUAUUACGAACCCUCACAUAUCCAAUAUAUUCCAGUGCGUCAACAAUUUUUCGACAUAAUCGAAGUGGAUCUUCGCGAGGAAAACGGUGAACACGCUACCUUUGAAGUGGGUAAAACCACCGUGAGUCUUCGUUUCAAGCAAUAUGGCCACUAG